UAGAAUGUUCAGGGGUCACUGCUUGCCACGGAAGUACUAUCGCUCCUUUUCCGCCUUCGCCCCGGCGCCGAACAACACGAGUCUUCAUCCUUUCUCGUUUUUGUGGCACAUAUAACGAUUACAACGGAUAAAGCGACCAGUGUAAAGCUUCGGCUAUGAAACCCAUCUUGCUACAGGGCCAUGAGAGGUCUAUCACACAGAUCAAAUACAACCGAGAGGGAGACUUGAUAUUCUCUGUGGCCAAAGACACGGUAGCGAACGUGUGGUACUCUGUGAACGGGGAGAGGCUAGGAACUUACAAUGGACACACUGGAGCGUUGUGGUGUGUGGACUGUGACUGGGACACCAAGAACGUGCUGACGGGAUCGGCAGACAACAGCUGCAGACUAUGGGACUGUGAGACUGGUAAACAACUAGCCAUGUUGAACACCAGCUCGGCUGUGAGGACCUGUGGCUUUGACUUCAGUGGCAACAUCAUCAUGUUCUCUACAGACAAGCAGAUGGGCUACCAGUGUUUCCUCAACUACUUCGACCUACGCGACCCCCAGCAGAUCGAGGACAACCAGCCAUACCUGACGGUGCCCUGCGCUGAGUCUAAGAUCACCAGUGCUGUGUGGGGGCCUCUGGGAGAGUUUGUUAUUGCUGGUCAUGAGAACGGGGAGAUCAACCAGUUCAGCGCCAAGUCUGGAGAGGUGCUGAAGAAGGUGAAAGAACACAACAAACAGAUCAACGACAUCCAGACCUCCGUUGAUCUGACCAUGGUCAUCACAGCAUCUAAAGACUGCUCCUCUAAGCUGUUUGACUCUACAACUCUAGAUCACAUCAAGUCCUUCAAGACUGAGAGACCUGUCAACUCUGCCGCCAUCUCCCCCAUCAUGGACCACGUGGUGAUGGGAGGAGGUCAAGAGGCCAUGGAGGUCACCACCACCUCGACCAGGAUCGGCAAGUUCGAGGCCAGGUUCUUCCACGCAGCUUACGAAGAGGAGUUUGGCAGGGUCAAGGGUCACUUCGGACCCAUCAACUGUGUGGCGUUCCACCCAGACGGCAAGAGCUACUCCAGUGGGGGAGAGGACGGCUAUACGAGGAUCCAUCACUUUGACCCCCAGUACUUUGACUUCGAGCUGGAGGCGUAAACAGAAGACCAGCAGCGAUACUCUUGUUUUUCUUCUUCUCUUUUUUUUUAAGCUGAUAACACCAGACAGGAAACAACAACAGGACACCAGGGGUGCAUCUCAAUACUCUGUAGUAGCCUCCUCUCCUGAUCUGAGGACGCAGGAUAGGGGACAGCAAUAAUGGUGGUGGAUGACUACCAGGAAUUGUUUGUUACUUGUUCAGUGGUUUUUAAAUCUGUGAUGGAGAGAAGCCACUGAAGACGAUUGAGAUGCACCCCUAGUGGUGGGGGAGGGAGGGGUGGGACUUUAGGCCUUUGAGAAUUAUUUUGGCUGGUCAUCAUAAAUCGCCUGGAAUGUUUGGAUUGCCACAGCUGACUAUAUAUAGAAAGCAAAAUUAAUAAAACAUGUACCCUUGGUUUUACCCUCACCACCAUUCCAGUGUAUCUAAACUGAUUAAACAAAUUAAUUUUGAGCUAAAUUGAUUAGUUUUAUUGCAGGGUUUGUCUGUGUACAUGUAAAGGGUACUAUCCAAACCUGAAAAUGGCGAUAAACAUGUUGGAUCCGUUUUAAGAAUUGUGAGAAAUACCUUCAUGGGGGGCGAAUAUUGGUUAAAGUUAACAUGUGGUCCUCCUACUAACUGCACGCUUUCCCGGCUUGUACUUAAUAUGAAGCCUAUGAACUUGACAGGGCAGCGGUGAGACUGAUUCGCCUUUCCAAUAAAUAGAGGGUCUUGUUCUGAUAACAUUAUCGAUGCUUGCUGUUUGACAAAUAAUCUCAGCUCUUGUCCAUACUUAGGAUGGAGCCAUUAAAACUCAUUUAAUCAAC